AUGUAUCCCACCGACCUGCCGACACCACCCAUGUCGCCCACUCCUCGCUGCCAUGCCCCCGAGGAUCGUCUAGGGUUCAUUCUGGCGGGCUGGCUAGAGUUGGAGAGUGUUCUCGGCGUGGGGGCCUAUGGAGUGGUCUAUACCGCCGUCGACAUCCACACUCGCAAUCGCUAUGCCGUCAAGGCGCUCAACAAGUCCGGGCUGGAUUCCCGACAACUCCGCUACCAGCAGAGAGAGAUUCAACUACAUCACCAGGCGAGCGCGCACCCCAAUGUGGUCUCCCUUGUGCGCAUCAUGGACUCCGUGGAUUGCACUUACGUCGUGAUGGAGUACUGUCCCGAAGGUGACCUGUUCUCCAACAUCACGGAAAAGGGCCACUUCGUGGGAAAUGACUUGCUUGCCAAGCGGAUCUUCUUGCAACUCCUGGAUGCCGUGCAAUAUUGUCAUGCCCUGGGAAUCUACCACCGGGAUCUGAAGCCGGAAAAUGUCCUGGUCACCGACCAAGGCGCCACGGUCAAGCUGGCGGAUUUCGGUCUGGCAACCCAGGACUACUUCACCGCGGACUUUGGAUGCGGCUCCACUUUCUACAUGUCUCCUGAAUGUCAGCAGUCUCAUCCACGGCCCAUGUCAUGUUAUGUCUCACCUGCCAAUGACGUCUGGAGUUUGGGGGUCAUGCUGGUCAACCUCACCUGUGGUCGCAAUCCCUGGAAGCGCGCUUCGCUCGAGGACUCCACAUAUCGGGCUUACCUGAAGGAUCCGUUCUUCCUGAAAUCGAUCCUGCCCCUGUCCACGGACAUGGUUCACAUCUUGAACCGUGUGUUUGAACGCAGCCCGGAGAAAAGAAUCUCCAUCCCAGAGUUACGGCAGCUCGUGCUGGACUGCCCUCAUCUCACCGAACCUGUGCCCAACCCGGUUCCCACGCCGUUGCCCACCCCCGCCGCCCAACUUCAUAGCGUGGAGCAUCCCAUUUUCCCCGUGUGGGACCGCUUGCAGGCUCUCGCUGCAUCUGCUCAGCAGGUCCCUUACACGACACCCGUCGAUACGGCACAUCUCCAGUUUCCCAUGCAUGCUCAACCUUCUGGAUCUUCCUCCGACUCGUCAUACUAUUCGGACUUUUCCGAUUCAGGAUUCUCUGAGACUUCUGCCUUGACCGAGGAUUAUUCCGAUUAUGACGAUUAUGGAUGCAUGUCGCCGGAUCUUGUGGACCCAGCCGCGUUCCCGGACUGCAAACUUGCUGGCAUGCAACAACCACAAUUGAUGGAUCCUUUUGUCUCGACGGUUCAGCUCCGCUGA